ACAUAAAUGUGAUAUUUGAAAGCUCUGGUGAUUUUGAAGUAGAUACACAAGACCAAAAGUAUGUGGAAACCUGCUCAUCAAAUAUCUCAUUCCAAAAUCAUUAAUAUGGAGUUGGUCCCCACCUUUGCUGCUAUAACAGCCCUCACUGUCCUGGGAAGGCUUUCCACUAGUUGUCGGAACGUUGCUGCAGGCUCUUGCUUCCAUUCAGCGACAUGAGCAUUAGUGAGGUCGGGCACUGAUAAGGCCUGGUUCACAGACAGCGUUCCAAUUCAUCCAAAAACGUGUUUGAUGGGGUUGAGGUCAGGGCUCUGUGCAGACCAGUCAAGUUCUUCCACACUGAUCUCGACAAACUAUUUCUGUAUGGACCUCGCUUCGUGCACAGGGGCAUUGUCAUGCGGAAACAGGAAGGGCCUAAUCCAAACUGUUGCCAAAACGUUGGAAGUGUUACAGUAUUACUUUAAACCGUCCCCUCGCCCAUACCCGGGCUCAAACCAGGGACCCUCUGCACACAUCAACCAUGAAGCAUCGUUCCCCAUCGCUCCACCAAAGCCGCGGCCCUUGCAGAGCAAGGGGAACUACUACUUCAAGGUCUCAGAGCAAGAGACGUCACCGAUUGAAACGCUAUUUAGCACGCACCCCCGCUAACUAAGCUAGCCGUUUCACAUCCGUUACAGAAGCAUAGAAUUGUCUACAAUGUAAUUGUAUGCUUUAGUGUUAAUAUUUCCCUUCACUGGAACUAAGGGCCCCAAACCAUGAAAAACAGCCCCACCAAACUUUACAGUUGGCACUAUGCAUUGGGGCAGGUAGCGUUCUCCUGGCAUCUGCAAAACCCAGAUUUGUCCAUCAGACUGCCAGAUGGUGAAGUGUUAUUCAUCAUACCAGAGAAUGUGUUUCCACAGCUCCAGAGUUCAAUGGUGUAAGCUUUACACCACUCCAGACGACGCUUGGCAUUGUGUCAGUUCCGAGGAGAAGAGAACAGCUAUUGAGUCAGGACUGUUCUGUUCUGACAGUAACAUCUAUUGAGUCAGGUCUGUUCUGUUCUGACAGUAACAUCUAUUGGGUCAGUACUGUUCUGUUCUGACAGUAACAUCUAUUGGGUCAGUACUGUUCUGACAGUAACAUCUAUUGGGUCAGUACUGUUCUGACAGUAACAUCUAUUGGGUCAGUACUGUUCUGACAGUAACAUCUAUUGGGUCAGUACUGUUCUGACAGUAACAUCUAUUGGGUCAGUACUGUUCUGUUCUGACAGUAACAUCUAUUGGGUCAGUACUGUUCUGUUCUGACAGUAACAUCUAUUGGGUCAGUACUGUUCUGUUCUGACAGUAACAUCUAUUGAGUCAGGUCUGUUCUGUUCUGACAGUAACAUCUAUUGGGUCAGUACUGUUCUGUUCUGACAGUAACAUCUAUUGGGUCAGUACUGUUCUGUUCUGACAGUAACAUCUAUUGGGUCAGUACUGUUCUGUUCUGACAGUAACAUCUAUUGGGUCAGGACUGUUCUGUUCUGACAGUAACAUCUAUUGGGUCUGUUCUGUUCUGACAGUAACAUCUAUUGAGUCAGGUCUGUUCUGUUCUGACAGUAACAUCUAUUGGGUCAGUACUGUUCUGUUCUGACAGUAACAUCUAUUGAGUCAGGUCUGUUCUGUUCUGACAGUAACAUCUAUUGGGUCAGGACUGUUCUGUUCUGACAGUAACAUCUAUUGGGUCAGGACUGUUCUGUUCUGACAGUAACAUCUAUUGGGUCAGGUCUGUUCUGUUCUGACAGUAACAUCUAUUGGGUCAGUUCUGUUCUGACAGUAACAUCUAUUGGGUCAGUACUGUUCUGUUCUGACAGUAACAUCUAUUGAGUCAGGUCUGUUCUGUUCUGACAGUAACAUCUAUUGGGUCAGUACUGUUCUGUUCUGACAGUAACAUCUAUUGGGUCAGUACUGGUCUGUUCUGUUCUGACAGUAACAUCUAUUGGGUCAGUACUGUUCUGUUCUGACAGUAACAUCUAUUGGGUCAGUACUGUUCUGUUCUGACAGUAACAUCUAUUGGGUCAGUACUGUUCUGUUCUGACAGUAACAUCUAUUGGGUCAGUACUGGUCUGUUCUGUUCUGACAGUAACAUCUAUUGGGUCAGUACUGUUCUGUUCUGACAGUAACAUCUAUUGGGUCAGUACUGUUCUGUUCUGACAGUAACAUCUAUUGGGUCAGUACUGUUCUGUUCUGACAGUAACAUCUAUUGGGUCAGUACUGUUCUGUUCUGAUAGUAACAUCUAUUGAGUCAGUACUGUUCUGUUCUGACAGUAACAUCUAUUGGGUCAGUACUGUUCUGUUCUGACAGUAACAUCUAUUGAGUCAGUACUGUUCUGUUCUGACAGUAACAUCUAUUGGGUCAGUACUGUUCUGUUCUGACAGUAACAUCUAUUGAGUCAGGUCUGUUCUGUUCUGACAGUAACAUCUAUUGGGUCAGUACUGUUCUGUUCUGACAGUAACAUCUAUUGGGUCAGUACUGUUCUGUUCUGACAGUAACAUCUAUUGGGUCAGUACUGUUCUGUUCUGACAGUAACAUCUAUUGGGUCAGUACUGUUCUGUUCUGACAGUAACAUCUAUUGGGUCAGUACUGUUCUGUCCUGACAGUAACAUCUAUUGGGUCAGUACUGUUCUGUUCUGACAGUAACAUCUAUUGGGUCAGUACUGUUCUGUUAGUAACAUCUAUUGAGUCAGUACUGUUCUGUUCUGUUCUGACAGUAACAUCUAUUGGGUCAGUACUGUUCUGUUCUGACAGUAACAUCUAUUGGGUCAGUACUGUUCUGUUCUGACAGUAACAUCUAUUGGGUCAGUACUGUUCUGACAGUAACAUCUAUUGGGUCAGUACUGUUCUGUUCUGACAGUAACAGUUGUAGGAAAUAGUUAAAAAUAAUAAGCUCCUUAUGGAAAAAUCAAGACACUUCUUGAUGACUGCCAUAGAAAUGGGACAAUCCUGUACAAUUCUGGAACAGUAAUGGUAUUGGGGAACCCCAAACAUUUUCAUCUAGUCUUUCACAUAAUCAAAGAGAGAGCUCAGCAGAAUAUGCUCUCUAUUGAGAAAGAUACACACAUCCCGAGCAUAUGAGACCAGACCUCUUCAUUAUACAACCCCAAAGAUGAGUCAACCUCCCAGCACAGAGCACUACUACCUCAUUGAAAUGAAGGAUACAUUCACCCAGCUGGAGGUAAGGCAGGUGGAGCUGGACCAGCAGGUGAACACACACCAGUCAGCACCAAAACAAUUAGUCCAGCUAAACAUCAUCCUUUCAACCAGACCUGGAGAGCUGGAGCUGGAGAGAGACAUGUCUGCACUCUGGACAGAGCACUAGAGGAGUAGGUGAAAGUGCUCAAGGAGAAGGUUAGAACAGUGUGACAGAACAACCCAUUAGAGAGCUGGCCACCUCCGCAGAGAAGCCAGCAGAACAGCCCAAUCCAAACCCUGGCCAUAGCCUCCACAUCACAGCAGGACAGACAAAUGAAGAACCCCAAGCCCAGGGGAUCCCACUCACCCCUAUGUACCAGCCACAUAAUAAAACACACAAAUGACCCAGAUGGAAACUGGGCUCUCAGAUAGUCCCAUCCACCAAACUACCAGGUGUGAAACAGGGAAGGGACUCAGAGGGUAUGCUAAUUUGGUAUAGAGCAGACCUAACUCACUCUAUUAAUUUAGUCAAAACAGGAGCAUUUUACAUUUGGCUAGAAAAUUAAAAGGCAAUGAUCUCAAAAGAGAACAAUUUCCUCCUCUGUGCUACCUAUAUCCCACCACUAGAAUCCCCAUACUUUAAUGAAGACAGCUUCUCCAUCCUGGAGGGGGAAAUCAAUAAUUUCCAGGCCCAGGGCCAUGUACUAGUCUGUGGUGAUUGAAAUGCCAGAACUGGACAAGAACCUGACACCCUCAGCACACAGUGGAACAAACAUCACCCUCAGCACACAGUGGAACAAACAUCACCCUCAGCAUACAGUGGAACAAACAUCACCCUCAGCAUACAGUGGAACAAACAUCACCCUCAGCACACAGUGGAACAAACAUCACCCUCAGCACACAGUGGAACAAACAUCACCCUCAGCAUACAGUGGAACAAACAUCACCCUCAGCACACAGUGGAACAAACAUCACCCUCAGCACACAGUGGAACAAACAUCACCCUCAGCACACAGUGGAACAAACAUCACCCUCAGCACACAGUGGAAUAAACAUCACCCUCAGCACACAGUGGAACAAACAUCACCCUCAGCACACAGUGGAACAAACAUCACCCUCAGCACACAGUGGAACAAACAUCACCCUCAGCACACAGUGGAACAAACAUCACCCUCAGCACACAGUGGAACAAACAUCACCCUCAGCACACAGUGGAAUAAACAUCACCCUCAGCACACAGUGGAACAAACAUCACCCUCAGCACACAGUGGAACAAACAUCACCCUCAGCACACAGUGGAACAAACAUCACCCUCAGCAUACAGUGGAACAAACAUCACCCUCAGCACACAGUGGAACAAACAUCACCCUCAGCACACAGUGGAACAAACAUCACCCUCAGCAUACAGUGGAACAAACAUCACCCUCAGCACACAGUGGAACAAACAUCACCCUCAGCACACAGUGGAACAAACAUCACCCUCAGCACACAGUGGAACAAACAUCACCCUCAGCACACAGUGGAAUAAACAUCACCCUCAGCACACAGUGGAACAAACAUCACCCUCAGCACACAGUGGAACAAACAUCACCCUCAGCACACAGUGGAACAAACAUCACCCUCAGCACACAGUGGAACAAACAUCACCCUCAGCACACAGUGGAACAAACAUCACCCUCAGCACACAGUGGAACAAACAUCACCCUCAGCAUACAGUGGAACAAAUAUCACCCUCAUCACACAGUGGAACAAACAUCACCCUCAGCAUACAGUGGAACAAACAUCACCCUCAGCACACAGUGGAACAAACAUCACCCUCAGCACACAGUGGAACAAACAUCACCCUCAGCACACAGUGGAACAAACAUCACCCUCAGCACACAGUGGAACAAACAUCACCCUCAGCACACAGUGGAACAAACAUCACCCUCAGCACACAGUGGAACAAACAUCACCCUCAGCACACAGUGGAACAAACAUCACCCUCAGCACACAGUGGAACAAACAUCACCCUCAGCACACAGUGGAACAAACAUCACCCUCAGCACACAGUGGAAUAAACAUCACCCUCAGCACACAGUGGAACAAACAUCUACAUGGAGGUGACAUCAUUCACUCCCCCAUAUGUCCCCCUAGACACAAAAAUGGGUCACAACUCCUGCUUCUGAGACUCGUACUAUCCACCUCUUGCAUAUUAGCCUGAUAACAGGACAAAAUACAAACCCAACCCCAAAAUAACUGUGGUGUUGAUGGUAUCGUCAAUGACAUUUUUAAAUAUGUCCACAAACAAGUGUGUGGUUAUAUUUAAAAAACACAACACAGCUGUCACCUACUGAGAGAUUAACCUGGAGAAGAGGCCCCUAAGCAAGCUGGUCCUGGGGCUCUGUUCACAAACACAAACACACCCCACAGAGAGAUGAACCUGGAGAAGAGGCCCCUAAGCAAGCUGGUCCUGGGGCUCUGUUCACAAACACAAACACACCCCACAGAGAGAUGAACCUGGAGAAGAGUCCCCUAAGCAAGCUGGUCCUGGGGCUCUCUUCACAAACACAAACACACCCCACAGAGAGAUGAACCUGGAGAAGAGUCCCCUAAGCAAGCUGGUCCUGGGGCUCUCUUCACAAACACAAACACACCCCACAGAGUCCCAGGACAGCAACACAAUUAGACCCAACCAAAUCAUGAGAAAACAAAAAGACAAUUAAAUCAAAUCAAAUUGAUUUACUUGUCUUUUGAUUUGAUUUGAUUUAAUUUUCUUUGUAAGGCAAUUAAUUACUUACAUAUUGGAUAGAAUCAACAAAAAAAACUGAGCAAACUAGAAUGCUAUUUGUUAAACACCUGACAGACAUCCUGUUAGUAGCUAUGUUAAACACCUGACAGACAUCCUGUUAGUAGCUAUGUUAAACACCUGACAGACAUCCUGUUAGUAGCUGUGUUAAACACCUGACAGACAUCCUGUUAGUAGCUAUGUUAAACACCUGACAGACAUCCUGUUAGUAGCUAUGUUAAACACCUGACAGACAUCCUGUUAGUAGCUAUGUUAAACACCUGACCUGACAGACAUCCUGUUAGUAGCUAUGUUAAACACCUGACCUGACAGACAUCCUGUUAGUAGCUAUGUUAAACACCUGACAGACAUCCUGUUAGUAGCUAUGUUAAACACCUGACAGACAUCCUGUUAGUAGCUAUGUUAAACACCUGACAGACAUCCUGUUAGUAGCUAUGUUAAACACCUGACAGACAUCCUGUUAGUAGCUAUGUUAAACACCUGACAGACAUCCUGUUAGUAGCUAUGUUAAACACCUGACCUGACAGACAUCCUGCUAGUAGCUAUGUUAAACACCAGACCUGACAGACAUCCUGUUAGUAGCUAUGUUAAACACCUGACAGACAUCCUGUUAGUAGCUAUGUUAAACACCUGACAGACAUCCUGUUAGUAGCUACGUUAAACACCUGACAGACAUCCUGUUAGUAGCUAUGUUAAACACCUGACCUGACAGACAUCCUGUUAGUAGCUAUGUUAAACACCUGACAGACAUCCUGCUAGUAGCUAUGUUAAACACCUGACAGACAUCCUGUUAGUAGCUAUGUUAAACACCUGACAGACAUCCUGUUAGUAGCUAUGUUAAACACCUGACAGACAUCCUGUUAGUAGCUAUGUUAAACACCUGACAGACAUCCUGCUAGUAGCUAUGUUAAACACCUGACAGACAUCCUGUUAGUAGCUAUGUUAAACACCUGACAGACAUCCUGUUAGUAGCUAUGUUAAACACCUGACCUGACAGACAUCCUGUUAGUAGCUAUGUUAAACACCUGACAGACAUCCUGUUAGUAGCUAUGUUAAACACCUGACAGACAUCCUGUUAGUAGCUAUGUUAAACACCUGACAAACAUCCUGUUAGUAGCUAUGUUAAACACCUGACAGACAUCCUGCUAGUAGCUAUGUUAAACACCUGACAGACAUCCUGUUAGUAGCUAUGUUAAACACCUGACAGACAUCCUGUUAGUAGCAAUGUUAAACACCUGACCUGACAGACAUCCUGUUAGUAGCUAUGUUAAACACCUGACAGACAUCCUGUUAGUAGCUAUGUUAAACACCUGACCUGACAGACAUCCUGCUAGUAGCUAUGUUAAACACCUGACAGACAUCCUGUUAGUAGCUAUGUUAAACACCUGACAGACAUCCUGUUAGUAGCUAUGUUAAACACCUGACAGACAUCCUGUUAGUAGCUAUGUUAAACACCUGACAGACAUCCUGUUAGUAGCUAUGUUAAACACCUGACAGACAUCCUGUUAGUAGCUAUGUUAAACACCUGACAGACAUCCUGUUAGUAGCUAUGUUAAACACCUGACAGACAUCCUGUUAGUAGCUAUGUUAAACACCUGACAGACAUCCUGUUAGUAGCUAUGUUAAACACCUGACAGACAUCCUGUUAGUAGCUAUGUUAAACACCUGACAGACAUCCUGCUAGUAGCUAUGUUAAACACCUGACAGACAUCCUGCUAGUAGCUAUGUUAAACACCUGACAGACAUCCUGCUAGUAGCUAUGUUAAACACCUGACAGACAUCCUGUUAGUAGCUAUGUUAAACACCUGACAGACAUCCUGUUAGUAGCUAUGUUAAACACCUGACAGACAUCCUGUUAGUAGCUAUGUUAAACACCUGACAGACAUCCUGUUAGUAGCUAUGUUAAACACCUGACAGACAUCCUGUUAGUAGCUAUGUUAAACACCUGACAGACAUCCUGUUAGUAGCUAUGUUAAACACCUGACAGACAUCCUGUUAGUAGCUAUGUUAAACACCUGACAGACAUCCUGUUAGUAGCUAUGUUAAACACCUGACAGACAUCCUGUUAGUAGCUAUGUUAAACACCUGACAGACAUCCUGUUAGUAGCUAUGUUAAACACCUGACCUGACAGACAUCCUGUUUGUAGCUAUGUUAAACACCUGACAGACAUCCUGCUAGUAGCUAUGUUAAACACCUGACCUGACAGACAUCCUGUUAGUAGCUAUGUUAAACACCUGACAGACAUCCUGUUAGUAGCUAUGUUAAACACCUGACAGACAUCCUGUUAGUAGCUAUGUUAAACACCUGACCUGACAGACAUCCUGUUAGUAGCUAUGUUAAACACCUGACAGACAUCCUGUUAGUAGCUAUGUUAAACACCUGACAGACAUCCUGUUAGUAGCUAUGUUAAACACCUGACCUGACAGACAUCCUGUUAGUAGCUAUGUUAAACACCUGACAGACAUCCUGUUAGUAGCUAUGUUAAACACCUGACAGACAUCCUGUUAGUAGCUAUGUUAAACACCUGACAGACAUCCUGCUAGUAGCUAUGUUAAACACCUGACAGACAUCCUGUUAGUAGCUAUGUUAAACACCUGACAGACAUCCUGCUAGUAGCUAUGUUAAACACCUGACAGACAUCCUGUUAGUAGCUAUGUUAAACACCUGACAGACAUCCUGUUAGUAGCUAUGUUAAACACCUGACAGACAUCCUGUUAGUAGCUAUGUUAAACACCUGACAGACAUCCUGCUAGUAGCUAUGUUAAACACCUGACAGACAUCCUGUUAGUAGCUAUGUUAAACACCUGACAGACAUCCUGUUAGUAGCUAUGUUAAACACCUGACAGACAUCCUGUUAGUAGCUAUGUUAAACACCUGACCUGACAGACAUCCUGUUAGUAGCUAUGUUAAACACCUGACAGACAUCCUGUUAGUAGCUACGUUAAACACCUGACAGACAUCCUGUUAGUAGCUAUGUUAAACACCAGACCUGACAGACAUCCUGCUAGUAGCUAUGUUAAACACCAGACCUGACAGACAUCCUGUUAGUAGCUAUGUUAAACACCUGACACCUCACUUUUCAUUUUGUUUCACCUCUGAGAUUACAGUUUUUCAGUAAACAGCUGGGAAAUAUAAGACAUAGACAAACAUCCUGCUCAGGUACAAGGAAGUGUGUGUGUGUGUGUGCGUGUGUGUGUGUGUGUUUGUCCAGGCCCCAGGUUGAAUAGAGUGCCCAUUCUCUUCAUAGUAGACUGGUGUUUUCCAGGGUGCCAUUUGGGACACAGCUUAAGGACAUGUACAAUAAUUCUAGAUAUAUGUUGUCAUUCAUGAUCAUCUGUCCACUAAAUAAACUACACAAGUAGUUCAAACAAUAUAAACUACAUUUAAACAAUAUAAACUAUACACCUCCUGGUGGUUUAACUACAAUGUGAGCUGUAGUCCAGAACACUGGUAGUUUAACUACAAUGUUAGCUGUAGUCCAGAACACUGGUCCUCCUGGUAGUUUAACUACAAUGUUAGCUGUAGUCCAGAACACUGGUCCUCCUGGUAGUUUAACUACAAUGUGAGCUGUAGUCCAGAACACUGGUCCUCCUGGUAGUUUAACUACAAUGUGAGCUGUAG